AUGCCGUCGCGUCGAUCCCACUCCAAAUCUCAUCACGGCUGCACGCAGUGCAAGCGGCGCCAAAUAAAAUGUGAUGAAGCCCGGCCGGUCUGUGGUUCCUGCCGCAGGAAACAGCUUCCGUGUGAUUUUCAGAGCUUUGCGCCCCAGAGCUCCCCACAUCCGUCAAUUGCCGAUGUCAUUCUAGAGCGUCCAAGCAGUUCUGUGCUCCCACUGCUGGACUUGGAGCUGUUGCAUCACUGGCAUACGGCGACAGCCAGCUACCUAGCGGAUGCUAAGCCGCUGCAGGAUGUCAUACGCACCGCCAUGCCACAGGAGGGGUUGGCGAACCCUUUCCUAAUGCACAGUGUUCUGGCAGUUUCUGCCCUUCACCGGGCGCACAGUGGGCCCUUGAACCAUGGCCAGAUGUACUUUGAGGCCGCCACGAUACAUCAUAGCCGGUCUCUGGCAUUGUGUACCCCUUUAUUCAAGAACAUUACCCGCCAAAACUGCCACGCCCUGUUUGCGCUGUCUUGCCUGGUUCCGGUCUUUGUAUUCGCGUCCCGGAGCCCAAGAAAAAACCCGAAAAUCUGGAGUCUGAUCGAAGUGAUCGAAGCGUUCAGACUGAUUCGUGGGGCGGCCUCCGUCGUGAACCAGGCCAGAUCGUGGAUCGAACAAGGACCCUUGCAUCCCUUGCUGCGGGUUGGUCAGUGUCAAAGGCCAAUAGCAACAGCGGCAGAACGGUGUACUCUGGCUCUGUGCGCGCAGUUGCAGUCACUGGACCUCAAUCUGCCGCAAGCGGGGCCCUCAUUGGACUCGGAGCUCUUUAACCCGGCGCUGAACGGCUCGAACAAGAACCUCUUAGAUCUACUUCAACUCUAUCUGCAAAGCGGAGACUCGCGGGCCAUCAUGGCCUGGCCAGUCGUGGUCGACCUGUCUUAUUUUGACUGUCUGCUUCGCAAAGAACGGAUAGCACUCCUCACCCUUGCGUUUUACGGGCGCUCCUUGCAGAUACUCUCGGGGCAUUGGUGGUUAGAAGGCUGGGGGGAGCUUUUGCUUAAGCUUGCUAGAGAUCAUCUACCAGGGGCGGACAAAGAGCUGCUCAACCGAAUCGAUGUACCAACGUAA